AUGGCCGAACCAGACGCUGCAUCACUCACGCCUCAUGCCAAGGACAACACCAAAAAGGAGCCGGAUCAUGAUCUCUCCAAAGUCGAAAGCUGCGCAAUCGGUGACUCCCGACCGAUCGAGCAGGCGGGUACCAAACGCAACAUCAAGUCACGCCAUGCUCAGAUGAUUGCCAUCGGUGGCAGCAUUGGGACCGGUCUCUUCGUCGGGACGGGCCAAGCCCUGGCCAUUGGUGGUCCUGGAACUGUCCUCAUCGCAUAUUGUCUGACCGCCAUCUUGGUAUACGCUGUAGUCACAGCGGUGAUCGAAGUCGGAGCGUACUUACCGCUGUCCGGCAGCUCGACGGCCUACUUCUGCAGUCGCUUUGUGUCACCUUCGCUCGGUUUCGCCUUGGGAUGGCUUUACUUCUACUCGUUCGGUAUCAUCGUCGCAUACGAGAUCACGGCUGCUGCAAUCGUCAUCGACUACUGGCCAAACAACAUACAUAUUGCAGUGUGGAUCACGAUUAUGAUCGUCGUCAUCGUGGCGUUGAACCUUUCUCCUGUUGGCAUCUAUGCAGAGACGGAGUUUUGGUUCGCCAGCCUCAAAGUCAUCAUGAUCCUCGGUCUACUCUUUCUAUCACUUAUCCUCUUUCUGGGAGGCGGACCGACUCACGAUCGCCUUGGGUUUCGAUACUGGAAGGACGGAGCCGCAGUCAAGCCAUACAUCACGACUGGGGAUGGAGGACGAUUCACCUCCUUCCUCUACGUCUGGGUCUUCUCUGGCUUCUCGUUUUACUUUGGCCCUGAGCUCAUCAUUUUCACGAGCGGUGAAAUGAAGAACCCGCGGAAGAACCUUCCCAUUGCAAGCCGGCAUUACUUCUGGCGCCUCAUUACCUUCUACGUCCUCGGAGUUUUGGCGAUCGGAGUUACUUGCGACUCGGCCUCCAAGGGGCUCACUUCUGGCUCUGGCAACGCUGAUGCCUCACCUUGGGUCAUCGCAAUUCAAAACGCUGGGAUCUCUGUGCUCCCUUCCAUCAUCAAUGCCGGCAUUUUGUGCAGUGCCUGGUCCGCCGGUAACGCCUAUCUCUACAUGGCGAGUCGCUCAAUCUAUUCCCUCGCCCUCUCCGGCAGCGCCCCGCGGAUCUUCGCACGGUGCAAUCGCUGGGGACUGCCUAUAUACUCUGUCGCCGCAGCCAGUUGUUUCACGCCGUUGGCUUAUCUCAGCUGCGGAUCUCAGGCAGGCGUCGUCUUUAACUGGCUCAUCAGCCUCACCAACACUGCUGGGUAUACGUCGUGGAUCGUUUGUGCCAUAGUGUUCUUGCGUUUCCGCAAGGCCUGCGAUGUUCAAGGCAUCAUAGCGCCCUACCGCUCCAGAGUCCAGCCGUACAUGGCAUGGGUCAGUGCGAUUGUGUUCACGAUCUUGCUUCUGUGCAAUGGCUUCACGCUCUUUUAUCCUGGACAGUUCACUGCCAGCGGGUUUCUCACGACUUAUAUCGGCAUCCCCCUUUUUCUUGUACUCUGGAUCGGUCACAAGUGCAUUCGCGGAUUGAAGGAUCCAUGGAUGUGGAGCCCAGCUGAGGUUGAUCUCACUACUGGUCUCAGAGAGGUCGAAGCCGAUGCCGAGAUGUGGACAAUGAUGGACGAGGCGGAUAAGGAAAAGAAGGGAGAGGCUAACAAAUGGUUGAAGCAAGUAUCUAAGCUCUGGGAAUGA